AAGACAGAAGACGUUAAAGGAGGCAGUGCAAAAGAAAGACAUAAAGUAAAGAGAAAGUCGAAGGUGGAGGAGAAGUAGUUAGCCACACUCGCUCUCGUACACACGGAUAUUAGGUUUGUGUAUAUUUAGGUGGAAGCCAUCAGCUGUGUGUAUAUGCGAAGGAAGGCCAAAAACUGAAGCUAUUCUUAUGGCCAUUGGCUAGUUUGACCACUGUCCGAAAGCCAGGUUGACAUUUUCUCCUGAUGUCAUUAUGAAUACCAGAUGUUACGAAGGCCUGCAGCUAAGGAAAGGCUUUUGGAAAAACUGAAUCUACCCUCUGAUCUAUAAUUGUGACAGCUUUUUAAAUCUACUUCAACCAGCACACAAAUGUAUCUGAAUUUUUGUUCUGUUUGGUUUAUCUCUGGAUAAUCUGAUAAUACACGAGAAACUAGACUCCAGUUAGCCAUGGCUGAAUCUAGUUUAAUAAUUAGCUCCAGUGACUGUGAUGUAGACAAUAAAAAAAGCAAUAAUCACUUUAGCAAUGAUGAUAAAUUUCAUGACUCCAGUCAGACUACUCCAGAUAACCAUGUUGCAGAGAAAACACAAGAUUAUACAUCAAAAGACAAUGCCAGUUCUUCUAAAAUUCCAACUCAUUUGGCAAUUAUGGAGGAAAAUAAUUCUCAUGAACCAGAUUUAUCUUUACCUUCAUUGAAAAAAGAUGACAGUGGCGUUGACUUUGAAAAAUCUCCGGCAAGCACAAGUGCACAAGAAGGACCAAUUCUAUCAGAUUGUAGUGAAAGUGUCAGUGAAUCACUCACAGACAGUGCUGCUUGCUCCUAUACAAAUUCAGUCGGUGAUAUAAAAUGUGAUGGCAAGUCAAAAACCUCUGUGUCGGAUGAAGAAGAUUUACCGUCUUUGGAUGUACAGGAUUCUGAACUGAAUGAUAAAGAAGACUCAUGUAAAUUACCAUGUAAUGCUGAAAAAAUGGAUUUAGAUUCUGUAAAUACCGAAGACAUCAAUUCUGAAAGUGUAGAGAAAGAAAAGCUAAAACCCAAGCUACAUUCAUCUGUUAAUAGUGAUGAUGGUGGCAAAGCUGAGAUGGAUUAUGAACAUCUCGAUGACAAUGUUGAGGAUGAUGAUGAUAAAAAUGAAGAGACGGGCAGUAAAAAACUUUCUUCUUCUUCAUCUUCUUCGUCAUCUUCAUCUGAGGAAGAUGAGGAAGAGGAUAUUGAUGAUGAAGAGGAUGAAGAUGAGGAUGAAAGUGACAUGGACUAUGAUUCUGAUAAAAUACCCAAACAUAGUUGGAAAGCAAUAUAUGAUCUCCGCUCACGGGAGUUUGGACAUUCAACAAAAACUCCUCCAAGUAUUUUUAGAGAAAAGGUUAAUUCUAGUUUACAAAUGGUGCAACGCUUAACCCUGCAAUACAAAAUGGAAUACCAUAAUGGCUGUGUGAAUGCUCUUAAUUUUAACCGAAUUGGCACAUUACUUGCAAGUGGUUCAGAUGAUUUGAACAUUGUUUUAUGGAAUUGGGUUCAAAGUCGGCCAGCUUUAGUAUUUGACAGCGGACAUCGUAGUAAUAUUUUUCAGGCCAAGUUCAUGCCAUUUAGUGGAGAUUGCCAUGUAGUAAGCUGUGCUCGUGAUGGUCAGGUACGCCUGGCAGAGCUUUCACUGACAGGCGUAUGUAAAGGUACAAAGAAACUAGCAGUCCAUAGAGGAGCUGCCCAUAAGCUGGCUCUUGAAUUAGAUUCCCCACAUGUCUUUCUCAGUUGUGGAGAGGAUGCUUUGACCUAUGAAAUUGAUUUACGACAAGAAAAACCAAAUAAGUUAGUUACGGUGAAAGAAUUUGAUAAGAAAGUGCCUCUUUAUUCCAUCCACUCUAACCCUGUUAAUUCUUUUGAGUUCUGUGUUGGCGGUAAAGACUACUAUCUCAGGAUUUAUGACAAACGGAAGAUAGCUGAUUCUGUCAAUGAUGGAGUUCUAAAAAAGUUUUGUCCUCAGCAUUUAAUUGACAGUAGCAUAAAAGCCAAUGCUACAUGUGCCUGUUAUAAUUACAAUGGAACUGAGGUUCUUGGUACGUACAAUGAUGAAGACAUUUAUUUGUUCAAUAACUUAGAUUCUGAUGGAGCAGACUACAUUCAUCAUUAUAAAGGACAUCGCAAUAAUGCUACUGUGAAAGGGGUCAAUUUCUAUGGUCCUAAAAGUGAAUACAUUGUAAGCGGUAGUGAUUGCGGACAUAUUUUCCUUUGGGAUAAACAAACUGAAUCUGUUGUUCAGUUUAUGAAAGGAGAUGAUGGUGGUGUGAUUAACGUGUUGGAGCCUCACCCCUUUGCCCCAUUUUUGGCAACCAGUGGCCUGGACAGUGAUGUGAAAAUAUGGGCUCCAACUGCUGAAGAACCAACUAAACUAAAAGGAUUAAAGAAGAUAAUGAAAAUGAACCACAAGCAAAGAGAGAAAGAAAGAGCUCAAGAACCAGAAAUUGAUAACCACAUGUUGUUGUUUUUAAUGAAUCUCCACAGCAGAAGAUUUCAUCGUGAGGAAGAUGAUGGUAACUCCAGUGAUGAUAGUGACCUUUUGUCAGAUGAUGAAGAACCCGAAAGAAUCCAAUGUACUCAGUCCUAAAUGGGUUAACAUACGCCCCUACCCUUGCCCCACCCUCUUCUGUUAUUAUUAUUAUUAUUAUUUCUAUUAUUAUUAUUAUAAUUUUGAAGUGGCUUAUCUGCAGUUUGGUCUCUUCUUAAUAUAUAUAAAAUCAGUGCAACAUGGAACAAGGCAAGCAACUCUUUCUCUUCUCUUCUCUUUUCAUUUAGCAACCUUCAUCAACUUAAUUAUGCAAACGAAAAGAAAAAAGAAAAUAAACACCAACAACUGCAAAUAAUUGCUUGCUAAACACAACAAUGUCCUCUUAUUUUUAAUUGAAAUAUUUUGAUUAGUUCCCACAAAACAGUCUGACUUUAUGUUCUUCCUCUCCCUCACUCCCUCCUCCUCCUCUUCUUCCUAUUGAUGGAAGUUUCUUAGAUGGAAUUUCUACAUGAACCAAUCACUUCUGUUUCCUUUUGGACUAUUAAAAAACAGAAAAAGAAAAAAAAUCUUGAAUAUUCUGAAGUUUAAAAUAACCAGUGAACUCCUUGAAAAAAAAAAAGAAUACAACAAAACCUCCCAAAACAAAUCACACCCUUUUUCUCUUAUGUAAUAAUUCUAAUCACAGUAUGAGAUAAAUGAGACCAAUAAAUGUGUGUAUGUAUUUUGCACAUGUGUGUCUGACUGGAUGUGUGUGUGUGUGUAUGAGUGUGUGUGAUACUGUAGUUAUGUCUCCAGUUCUGUUAUUGGUUGAUGCUGUUCCUUUAGAACAUUGCUUGCUUUUUCAUGGGAAGAGUUUACAACAACAAAAAAACUUGCAUCACAAUUAAAUAACAUUUGGGUAUGCAGAGUUAAAACACUUACAUACACUCAUACAUACACAUAAAAAGGACAUGUUUGUAUGAAAUGGUGCUGAUUACCAGAUAAUGAGACAGGAGAGGCAGUAAAACAAAAAGAAAAAAUUCCCCUAUAGAGGUCAGAAUCUAGUUGCUUUCUUUUUUUUUUUUUUUUCGCCAUUUUGGUAAUUCUUCACUCUCAGGACUUUAUUAUUAAAAAAAAAACUAUUUCUUCAAACAGUUUUGAAGAUGUUCUAAAGAUAAAAAUGCCAUUUUAAAACAUGUCAAUUAAUUGUUGCUAAAUGAUGGAUCCUGAUUUUAAUUUUUUUUUUGUCUUGUUUAGAUAAUUUUUAUUCCACCCACCCUUUCCCCCCUUACCAAUAUUAUGUCUUUCAUUUUUUGCAAGCAAAGCCCCAAAAUAUUUGAUACAUUUUUCAGGAGAUAGUUUAUCUUGGUUAUACGGAAGGAGUGUUCUUUUUUUAAUUGUUGUUUUCUAAAAAUAAAACUUGGCACUAACUGUA